CCCCGGCUAACAAUGUCGGCUGUGGGUUAGCGGUAACCACGCUGCGGAGGCAAACGCCUCACCACCUGCUGGGGCGGCCCCGCGGAGGCGGUGAGGGCGAAGAUGAACAGCCUAUUUUUAACAGGAGUCAAUCAGCAGCUUCCAGAUUAGGAAAGAAAACUAAAGGUAUCACACCUGUCAAAGGCAAAAGAGUUCCUUAGAAUCUGCAAGUAUGUCAGAUGCAGUCACUCCAAGGGAUCUUUUCUCCCUCCUCAAAAGUUCCAAACUGAGAGGAGCAGCUUCCUGUCAAAUAAGCCAAUGCUACUGGAUGAAUUGACCUUGACAUGACUGCUGUGAUGCCAAAAGCCACAAGCUAACUGGUAACAAUUGUUAGGUAAAAGAUCCUGAUGAAGCCUGGUGCUCCACAUAUGUUAGACAGUAUUUUACAAAUCAGCCUUCUCAGCCAGUAUAAAUUCUGAUGGAAGUCUCCAGUGCAAGUCCAAUUGUUGCAGUGAAUCAAAAUAAAGAGGAAAAGACAAAAGAAAACAAACCCGUGAACCGACAUGGGAAUGACCUACAGUAUGAGCCAAGCUUCAUAGAAGACAGACUGAAGCUUUACGAAGCACUUAAAAAAGAACAUGAUGCUUUGCUAGCUUACAGAGCGGCCAACCAGAGCAAACCUAUCAAAAUUAUUCUGACAGAUGGAAAGAUGGCUGAAGGGGAAUCUUGGAAAACCACGCCAUAUCAAUUAGCUGUAGGAAUUAGUCAAGUGUUGGCUUCAAAUGCAGUCAUAGCCAAAGUGAAUGGUGAAUUGUGGGACCUGGAUCGUCCACUGGAGGGAGAUUGUACUCUGGAGCUGCUUAUGUUUGAUAAUGAAGAAGCAAAAGCUGUUUAUUGGCAUUCAAGUGCUCAUAUUCUUGGAGAGGCCAUGGAAGGUUAUUUUGGGGGCUGCUUAUGCUAUGGACCACCAAUUGAGAAUGGAUUUUAUUAUGACAUGUAUAUUGAAGAUAGAGGUGUAUCUAGUACUGAAUUCCCACUACUAGAGAAUCGCUGUAAAAAUAUCAUAAAAGAGAAGCAGGCUUUUGAAAGGCUGGAAGUCAAAAAGGAGAUCCUGUUAGACAUGUUUAAGUACAACAAGUUUAAGUGUCGUAUCCUUAAUGAGAAGGUGAACACACCAACUACCACAAUAUACAGAUGUGGUCCGCUGAUUGAUCUCUGCAGGGGUCCACAUGUGAGACACACUGGAAAAAUUAAGGCCCUUAAAAUAUUUAAGAGUUCCUCUACAUAUUGGGAAGGAAAAUCUGACAUGGAAACUCUGCAGAGAAUAUAUGGAAUAUCUUUUCCUGAUAACAAAAUGAUGAAGGAAUGGGAAAAAUUCCAGGAAGAAGCCAGAAACCGGGACCAUAGGAAAAUUGGAAAGGAGCAAGAACUCUUCUUCUUUCAUGAUUUGAGUCCUGGAAGCUGCUUUUUCCUCCCCAGAGGUGCCUUUAUUUAUAACACACUCGUGGAUUUCAUACGAGAAGAAUAUCACAGGCGUAAUUUUACUGAAGUUGUAUCUCCAAACAUCUUCAACAGUAAACUGUGGGAAGUUUCAGGACACUGGCAGCAUUACAGCGAAAAUAUGUUCUCUUUUGAAAUCGAGAAGGAAACUUUUGCCCUUAAACCGAUGAAUUGUCCAGGACAUUGCUUGAUGUUUGCCCAUCGUCCACGAUCCUGGAGGGAAAUGCCUCUUAGACUUGCAGAUUUUGGGGUUCUUCACCGAAAUGAACUCUCUGGGACUUUAAGUGGCUUGACUCGUGUAAGGCGCUUCCAACAAGAUGAUGCUCACAUCUUUUGCACAAUGGAACAGAUUGAAGAAGAAAUUAAGAGCUGUCUUGAUUUCUUGAAGUCAGUGUAUGCUGUCUUUGGUUUUACCUUUCAACUACAUCUUUCUACAAGACCAGAAAAUUAUCUAGGAGAGUUAGAGAUGUGGGAUCAUGCAGAAAAGCAACUUCAAAACAGCUUGAAUAACUUUGGAGAGCAAUGGAAUUUGAAUCCAGGAGAUGGAGCAUUUUAUGGUCCUAAGAUUGAUAUUAAAAUCAAAGAUGCUAUUGGCAGGUACCAUCAAUGUGCUACUAUCCAACUUGACUUCCAACUACCCAUUCGAUUUAAUCUUACUUAUGUUGGUAAGGAUGGCGAUGAUAAGAAAAGGCCGGUGAUUAUUCACAGAGCUAUUUUGGGAUCUGUGGAGAGAAUGAUAGCUAUUCUAGCAGAAAAUUAUGGAGGAAAAUGGCCAUUCUGGCUGUCUCCACGGCAGGUCAUGGUUGUGCCUGUGGGACCUACUUCUGAAGAGUAUGCCCAGCAGGUUUGCAGCAAAUUUUUUGAAGCAGGAUUUAUGUCAGAUGUGGAUCUAGAUCAAAGUUGCACAUUAAACAAGAAAAUCAGAAAUGCACAGCUGGCCCAGUACAACUUUAUCUUAGUGGUUGGAGAAAAGGAGAAAGCAAAUAAUGCUGUCAACGUGCGAACAAGAGACAACAAAGUUCAUGGAGAGAUUUCAGUAUCUUCUGCUAUUGAGGAACUCCAGAAAUUUAAGAGUUCACAUAUGCCAAAUGCAGAAGAAGAAUUCUGAUGUUGCUGUUAAGAAAAAAAAAAAAAAAAAAUUAUUAGCUUCCCAUGUGAAAUUGUGUUUCUUUCCUCCUGUGCAGCAGUAAUGCCCAUCUGAGAGAAUUUCCAGUUAAUGGAUGCACAAAAUAAGCAAAUGUAGCAGUGUUGAUGCUCCAGGAAUAGAAUGAGAGGACAGAUGCAACUGCCAACUCCUUUCACAGUCCCAUGGGAUUCCAAUCUGUGCGAGUUGCAGAAUGCUUAUUUAAAAAGUCCUACACCUCUGCUAAAAUAUGUGGGUUUUGCUGUGGAAAUAAAUCAGGGCUGCAUGAAGUCAAGGAACGGGAGGCUGGGAAGCGUCCUGGUUGCUGCUGCAGUUGCUGAGCUACCUCAAGUCACGUAGCAGUUGCAUAACUGACGUGACCUGGAAUCCAAGGCUUGGCAGUUGGUAGGUGCAUCAGGAGCAUUUUAGUUUAGUUUUUUUGUAGCUCCAGAUGAUGUAAUUUUUUUUCUUUGGGGGGGGGUGGGGGAAUAGCUUGAUUCUCUCUGAAUUUAUGUUCACAGGCUACAAAUACAUUGGUGUCUUUGUUGGAAAUCUCAGUGAAACGAGGCACUGUUUGAAUUGGUGUGGUAAUUGGUUGCUGUAAAGGUGAUUGCCAAGAAUGAAGUUGAAUUACCAUACCUGUGUGUGGAAAAUGCUUUAUUUUUUCCUGUGUUUGCUGUUGAUUUGGCUUUUUUCUAAAACAAGCAAACCUUAGAAAAAACUUCCUGUGUGUGAUUUACUGCUGUAUUGGUGUGGGAUACUGAGAAUGCUGAAAAGGUGCAGAUGACAAUUUUCAUUUUAGAAGAUGGCAUGUGGGAGUUUAAAUUGGCCAUAUUUAUGUGACUUGUUUAUGCUUAUAAAUUAUUUUAAAGUUACUGUUGGCAGGCAAAUUGAAUUGGAUUUUUUUGGAGAGGUGAAUUUUUACCACACACUUUUUUUACUUCUACAUGCUGUUUUUUAGUUACAAAGCUUUGAUAGUGUUAAAUGUGUUACUCAGUUAUCUAAGCUAUGCAACUGCAGUUGUUGUGAUUUAAAUAUCAGCGAGAUGAAGCAGAAAAUACUAUUUAGUCGAUAAACGUUAUACAAAUACAAAGCUAGUGUUUUUCUUCUGCCUGACACUUGUACAGACUUGUGUUUAAUAGGCCUGUUUUUGGUUUUGUAUUAGCUUGGUUUGUGUAUCUGUUUUCACCAACUGAUUAUCCCCAGCUUUUGAAAGAAAAGAAAAAUAUGGAAGGAA